CUUCACCGACAGCUGUGAAGACCGGCGUGACGGCGCAAUGUUGCGGUUCCGAUCGUGGAGGAGAGCGUUCUUCAGUAGUACAAGGAACAAGCAAUGGAGACGUAUGAGCACCAGGACAGUGGUGAUGAGCUUCGGGGACGGGACCCACGGGGCUUUGGGGUUGCCGUCGUCACUGGUGGGGCCGGGUAUCGGCGGCGAGGAUGCGUACGAGCCGACCAAGAUCCCAGGCCUACCCUCAGAUGUGACCAGUGUUAGCGCCGGCCACUACCACUCCCUCGCCGUCACCUCUCAGGGCCAGCUCUGGGCUUGGGGCCGAAACCACGAGUCCCAGCUCGGCCGCGGCCCUUCUUCCCCUCGGGAUUCGUGGAAUCAGCCGAAGAUGGUAUUGGGACUGGACCGAGUGAAUGUCCGAGCCUCAUUUGCUUCCGGGGUUGUUUCUACAGCCAUUGGAGAUGAUGGGUCCCUUUGGGUGUGGGGGAAGUCCAAACGCGGGCAGCUUGGUCUCGGGAAGGACGUCACCGAGGCUAUCGUACCUUCCCGUGUCAAACCACUUUCUGGAGAAAAGAUAGCAAAGGUUUCAUUCGGCUGGGGACAUGCUCUUGCAAGGACCGAGGAUGGGAAACUGUAUGGUUGGGGUUAUUCAGCAGAUGGUAGGAUAGGCAAGGUUGGGAAAACUCUUGAGACUUCUUUGUUAGAAUCGAAUGCUGAUAUGUCAGGUUCACAGUUAUCGAGUUCGUCUGUGCAAGAAAUUGCAGAGAAGAGGGUUUUGGACGGGAUGGAGAAGGAGAAAGACUUGCCAAUUGUAUGGGAACCUCAUCUCGUGGAAGAGACCCGAGGUUUCGAAGUCAUUGAUAUCUCGUGUGGCCUGGACCAUUCUCUUGUUGUUUGCAGAAAUGGCAGUCUACUAAGCUGUGGGAGCAACUUUUAUGGUCAGCUUGGGAGAAGGAAUGCGGAUUUGGGAUUAUUUCCGGUCGAGUUAAGUUCACAUCCCAUAUGUAUUGCAUCGGGGCUUGGACAUUCUCUGGCAAUUUGCAGUAAAGGGUCACCAGAUGUUUCAGAAGAGUCAAGAGACAUCUUCUCUUGGGGAUGGAGUCAGAGCUCUCAACUCGGUAGGACUGGCCCAGAGGACGUUCCAUCAGUAGUCCAAGGACUCGAGGAAGAAACUCCAGUGUCAGUCUCGGGCGGGCGGGUGCAUUCUGUUGUUCUCACUUCAAAAGGAGAGGUGUGGAUUUGGGGCUGUGGCCGAAAUGGGCGGCUCGGUCUGGGAAGCUCAAACGAUGAGAGCGAACCAAUUCCAAUAGAGUCCCUGGAAGGUAUUGAAGUCCUGCAGGCCGUCUCGGGUUUCGAUCAUAAUCUCGUGCUAGUAGCUGAGUAGUGUCCCAUUUGGUUGUGCCACUCCAACUGAAAAUAAUUGGAGCAGCGGUUGCAAUACCGAGCAAGUCCAGACUCUGGUGUCUGUCCAAGGAUAAAGGUCUUUGCCGCCUCAACCUGAUCUUUAGGCUCUAAGUUACUCAUAGACACUUGCUGUGGAAAAUUGAAUGGACCGGGUUUUUCACAGCCAAAGGUUUAACGCUACAAGCUAGUAUAACUACUAUAAGUUUCCGGAUCCGCUAUGAAAAACCCGAGUUCCAGUGUCAUACAGGGGGUUUAUCUUUAUGUGCACAGGUUGAUAGCUAUGCCAAGUAUCUCGACUCUAGGUCAUGGGCGAAGGAGGGGACCGAUGGAUCACCGGGUGGUGGGGCUCCCUUUCGUGCGGAAGUCUUUACUUAAUCAUGAAGUAAAUUUUACUUGCCAAUGAAGUAAAUACAAAAUGAGUUCAAUCUGAAUUCUA